AUGGGGGCUGUGGAGGGCCCCGAUAUAACGGCUGGAUUCGCUGACUUCGACGCCGGCCAUCGGGAUCUGGUCACUGUCACCAGAUUUAACUUCUAUGGCAACCGUAUUAUCACCGCUUCCUCUGAUCACCGCAUGAAAGUGUGGGAUCUCAAGGAUGGCCAAUGGCAACUGAUAGACACCUGGCGCGCGCACGAUGCUGAGAUUCGCGAUGCCACAUGGAAUGGUCCUUUUACAGGCCAACAUAUUGGCAGUGUCGGAGAGGACAUGAAGUUGAAAAUCUGGCAGGAAGAUGUAACCCAGCCACCAAACUCAGGGCGGCGUUUCAAGUCAGUCUUUCGUAUGACCGCGCCAAAAAGACAUCCAUUUGUAUCACUCGACUUUCGCAACAUUGACCUAGAGUCGUGGUUGGCCGUGAUAACACGGGAUGGCUACCUCAUGGUUAUGGAACCCUCCAAUCCCGACAGCCUUGCAGAUUGGCAGCCUGUUGACCAAUUCCGAGUGUGCACCGCCCCGGAACGCGGUGAGGAGACAAGUUUCAAAGUUCAGUUUCAUCAUGACCCUGCCGACAUUACUCAUACCAUCUCACCGGAUUCCGAUCGGAAAAGUCUGUCGCUGAUUGUAGCUGUCAUGGACACAGUCAAGAUCUAUCGCACUGACGCAAACCGACGAUUCUACCAUGCAAUUGAACUGAAUGGGCAUAGCGGCCUUGUGAGAGAUAUCUCCUGGGCUAAUGGUUCUGUGCGCGGCUACGAUCUUAUUGCGAGUGGUGGCAAAGAUGGUUUGGUCCGCAUCUUUGAAGUGUACACGACGCCAGUUGGCCAAGCACCACAGACCUCUAGUGGCCAGAAGGCGGAACUUCGCAUGCAGCCCCAGUCACCGUCACCACGAGCGAAAUCGCAGUCCGGGAUUGGCUCUGCUCUAGCGAGCCGUGUGCCUGCAUCGGCGACUGAUCGCCAGCCCAGCGGGGAUUCACAAUUUCGGCACUCGUUCAAACAGGUAGCUUGUAUUGACAGCAAACACCUUGAUGUGUGGCAAGUUCAAUUCUCGUUCUCUGGGGACUCGUUGAUUUCAUCUGGUGACGAUGGCACAGUUCGGUUCUGGAAAAGAUCUUUGUCUGGAGAGUGGCUCGAGUUCGCCGAAACAGACAUGGCUUCUCAGUGA